UGAGAAACCCCACAACCACGUCGAGGCCGUAGACAUUCGCGAAGAUGUCAACGUCCAGUUCAACACAAAGUCCCGACAUGGAAGACCGCGGGCGGAGACUGGUCAUAAGAGCUUGUGAUAUGUGUCGCAAGAAAAAGAUCCGUUGCGAACCAACGGCAGAUACUUGUGAGCAAUGCAUCAAAUACCGAACCCUAUGCCACUUCACACCAAUAAGUGUGAAGAGAAAGCCCCGAAGACUCCCUGAGCAAAAACGAGUCGAAGAAUUAGAAAAGAGACUCAAGAGUAUGGAAGAGCAGUUGCGGCGUGCGAAUCAGGGCAAAGAAGUCAUGCGAAUCGCCGAUGAGCGCGAUGCUCUUGAUAAUUUGUGGGAAGAAGGACUUUCCAAUUUCGAAUCCAGGAUAUCUUUGGAAGGCUCGGGUAUCCCAGAUGGACGAAGGUCUCUUAUGACGAUGGAUCCCAUGGCGGAGCAGCGGUUCGCCUCCAAUCCUGACUGGAGAAUCACAAAUGUCAGCAACAUGUUCUCCAGAAAAGUGUUCAAGCCUCUCCCUUCAAAACAAGAAGCAAUCAUCCUCGUCAGCAAAGCUUUCGAUGGUUUCAACUUGGCAUUCCCAAUUUUCGACCAGCACGACGCCAUGGCAAUGCUGGAUUACCCAGAAGGCGGGCAUCACGAGCCAAGCCAUUGGGCAUGUCUAAAUGUCGUUCUUGCACUAGCUCAUCGGUUUCGAUCAAUAAAAAAGAUGGACAAUCAAAUAGAUGACCGAGAAGCUUGGGGAUACUUGCAGAAUGCUCUCGCUGUGGCACCAGAACUGACGCUACUCGAGGCGAGAUUGUCGUCCGUACAAGCACUUAUUGGAAUGGCGAUAGUCAUCCAAGGGACGCCCAACCCACGACCAUUUGGCACACUGAUCUCUCAAGCCAUCAGAAUGGCGCAGAACCUAGGUCUCCACCGAAAAAAUCGAGAUCCCAGCCUAACCCCUCGGGAGAUCGAGCAGAGGAAGCGCGUCUUCUGGACCGCAUACUUCAUCGACAAAGAAAACUGCCUGCGAACUGGGCAACCUCCAGCACAAGAUGAUGACGAAAUGGAUAUCGAGAUGCCCUCGGAGAUGCUCGACAACACGAUGGAAUUCGGCGCCACGCCAGAUGUCAACUUCUUCUCCUUCCGCGUCAAGCUCGCUCUCAUCCAAGGACAAGUGUACCGUCGUCUCAUCUCCGUAAAAGCUGAGAAGCAAUCGGUGACGAGACGAAUGGUCGAAGUAAAGAGACUGGAAGGCAUGCUUGCCGUCUGGAGAGCGAGCAUCCCUAUCAAUUUCAGUGAGAACUAUAAAGUCCCUGGGAGAGGAAGACCACUCAUCCCACCCAUCAUUCACAAAGUUAUUCUGAGGAUGAAUUACUUCAGUACCUUGAAUACGAUACACCGAUUCUCGGUUCCGGUCGACAAGUGGCGCGCCGAACUGGAGGAGGGUAUGGAUCCUGAAAAAGCGGCUAAACACGCUCCCCCUCCACCGAUUGUGUGUGUGGAAGAGGCGAGGAAUGCAAUUACGCUCAUGCAUGUGACGCCAAAUGGAGACUAUUCUUGUAUCUGGGUCAUUCUCCACAUGUUCGUCCAAGCAACCACCAUCCUCCUCGAAAACAUCCUCUCGGACCCGACCCACCGCUGCGCCCCCUCCGACCUGAAGCUCAUCGAGCCCCUGCUCAUCCUGCUAUGCAGUCUGGCCCAAGACGGGAAGAACGAAGAAGUAGCUGCCAUGUACCAGAGUUGCGGGGCGAUGUUCGAGAAGACGAGGGAGAGAGUCCGGAAUGCUACCGAGAAUGACGAGCAGAGGAGAUCGAGCUUGAAAGAACGGGGCAUGGGGCAGGGAAACGAGAGCUUGGCUGAGUUUCUGCGGAGGAUUGACAGUGUGAGUGCGGGGCUUGAUGACGAGGGAAUGCAGAUUGUGGAGCAGCCAUUCGUGGUGGAGAAAGUGGAUUUUCCUGUGGACUUUCCGCAUUUGGGAGCUAACAACUUGGGCAUGUCGAGGGUGGGUUGACAUGGUGCCUCUGACGGAUUGAGAAGCCAUUUUACGAGUUGCUUUCCUUUUGAGAGUCAAGGAAAUACCAAGGAGUUUUGCAGGAUCACAUGCCUUCUGAAACUGAUGUUAGGUUGAAACAUUUUAUAGUUUCUAUUUAGUGCAGAGGCUUAAAGUUAUGAAGUGAUACCUCUUUAUGUACAAAAGGAAGAAGGCUCAGUUUUCAACUC